UACGGCACUGUAUCAACCGACACUUCAACUUCGUGGUUUAACAAAACUGUAUUUCCCAUGAUGCCGUGUUAUUAGGAAGUGGGUGGCAUGUUGUGUGUCAGAGGUACGGCGAACAUGGAGAGACCAGAAGUUACUUUCACGUUAGCAUACGUUGUAUUUGUCGUUUGUUUUGUCUUCACUCCUAACGAAUUUAGGUCUGCUGGGGUGACAGUGCAGAACUUGCUUUCGGGAUGGUUAGGCAGCGAAGAUUUAAGUUUUAUUCACUAUCAAAUCAAGAGAACGAGCGCUACGGCACUUGUUCAUUCUAUACUGCCGCUUGGCUAUUACAUAGGAAUGUGCUUUGCAGCUCCAGAUAAAAACCUGUACUUUGUCCACAUUGCAAGUGAAGGAUGGAAACUUUUUUUUGCGGCUGCAGUCGCAUUGCCAGUGUUGAGCAGCAUAUUGGUGUUCUACUGGUCCUGUAACAAAUGGGGAAACCAUCCCAUAGCCAGGACUCUGGCAGACCAUGCCUUGCCUCAGUCAGGCUGGAGGGCUGUGGCAUCUUCCAUCAACACAGAGUUCCGGCGGAUUGAUAAGUUUGCCACCGGUCCCCCAGGUGCCAGGGUGGUUGUCACAGACACUUGGGUGAUAAAGGUGCUGACAUAUCGUGUGCAUGUUGCCCAGCAACAGGACAUACACUUGACAGUGACUGCCUCCAAGCAGCACGAGCUGUCCCCAGAUUCCAACACUCCAGUGCAGUUCCUGACCAUCAGCGUGGCCAGCGUCAACCCCCGUGUCCAGCCUUUUGAUAUCAGGUUGAAUUCUGCAGAGUACGGUGAGCUGCGUGAGAAGCUCCAUGCUCCCAUUCGGAAUGCUGCCAAUGUCGUCAUCCACCAGAGCCUUAGCGAUCUGUUCCUGGAAACAUUUAAGUCCCACGUGGAAAUGAACACACGGUACUCCCUUCCCAGGGGUCAGGAGCUGGAGACGUGCAUUGGUUGCAUGCAGGUCAUGGCCAACAUGAAGCUGGUGAAGGUGUGCCAGGAUGCCAGCGAGGGGGAGUGCCAGCAGUGCUACUGCCGCCCCAUGUGGUGCCUGACUUGCAUGGGCAAGUGGUUCGCCAGUCGACAAGAUCAGCAGCACCCAGAGACCUGGCUGUCCAGCAGAGUCCCCUGCCCCACCUGCCGGGCCAAAUUCUGCAUCCUGGACAUCUGUGUCAUACACUAAAAACGACUGUUUUUUUAUUUUAACAUCUUUCAGGAAUUUUGAUAAUUUUGAUAACCAGGUGCAUUUUGGAAAUCGCCCUAAUCAUCCCGUGAUACACUGUUGUUUAGGGUGAUGCUGUAACUCUGCAAUCAUAUGAUGCUGGUAUGGUACAUUGUUCUGCCGUGCGUCAGGAAUCAUUUGCAUCUCUCUGCUUGUUUAAAGUCCACUGUAAUAAUGCAAUUGUUAAUUUUCACAAAACUUGCUGUUGGAAAUGCAGUUGUGUAUUGAAGAGAGAGAGGGGGGAACUGCUGUUUAGACUGCCAGCAUUUCUCCUAGGUAUUUUCUCUUUCUUUCUUUUGCAGUUUGGCUAUAAGUAUAGUAGUACACAGUUAAGUAAAAUGAUAUUUUAUAUAAUUAGUUUGUUUAUUUUAUUAACCUUUAGUGCUAUUUCGGAUUUACUUAAGAGUGCAUUUAAUACAUAACUAAAUAAACAAUAUGUAUUCAAUUGAGGUCAAACUGACAUUGGUUUCAGUGGGGUAACUAGAGCACUUUUGAUGUUCAUAAUGUGCAGUUUGUUGUGUUUCCAUAAAUGUAAUUUUCCAUUUAAAUGUAAUUCUCAACAUAGCUCCUUAGGAAAGGGGAUCAUAAAUCACGAUACAAAUUUAGAUCAAUAAUGGCCUUUCCUCCUUUUCUGUUAUUUUAAUGGAAGUUUGCAAGUUCAGGAAAUCUUAAAAACUUGCAAAAACAAAGUAUUUAAUUGCUGGACUGUAAUCUUUUAUUUAUAUAUAUAUAUAUAAAACAUGAUAUAUAACAUGGUACAUGUAUAUGUUGAUGGUUUUCUCUUUAGGCGUUGAUUACUUGCUGUUCUGCUUUUUCAUGCGCUGAAACAAGGUAAUAAACACAAUUCAUGCAAUUAGACAGAAUCCUGUUUUCAUACCGAAAGAUGAAUCUGAAGUUUAUUGACUCUUGAGUAAAGCCCACUGGCUUCUUGUGUUUAAUAGCAUCUGUGUUGUAGCAUAGGG